ACGCUGUGAUUGCGUCUGUCUCUUUGUUCUAUAAUGUGUGCGCAUGUGUGUGUGUGUGUGUACGUGUGUGUGUAGACCCACUCCCUUUCUCGUGUCGAAAUUUUUUUUUUGAUUGAACCGAGAGAGAUCGGAAAUAUAUAAAUUUCGUGGAAUUUAUGUUUCGUACAUUUUUUAUAAUCGUUUUAAACUCCCGUUCUCCUUGUGUUGUCGGAACGUGUCCGCGGGAACAUUGGAAUGUGGAUUUAACGAGAUCAUGUUUGGCGUACACAUAUUUACUGGCGCUGGUUCCCGCUUUGUACGCGGCCGGCGGCUUUUGUACAUACUUACGCACGGAAUACCGGUUGCCACACCGCGCGGAGCUCACCCCUCUACGGGACUCUCAUUGUACAAACUUCCAAGUAACAACACACCGCGCGUACGCACACCGUGUAAUUUUCAUCAUCAUCCGAUUGAGUUUCUGUGCCAUUUUCCGUACACAACCGCGGCUUGUGGACAAAAAAAAAACAAGUCUCUUUCGUAAAAUUUAUUCAAUUUUUCGCACGUCGCGAAAAUAAUGUUCGUCGAUGUGCUAACCUUAUCUCAGAAGCAACAGACGAGUCUCGUUCAAGGUGCAGAUCAUGGGAUGACGUAGGAUCGGGCAAAAUGGAAACAGUUAGCGGGAACAACUCGCACGCGCAUCGCUCCUCUCUGGAGACGAGCAGAUCCAACACGUCCACGCAUUCUGCCAGAAGCGAGGACUCCUGGUGCUCCGCUUCCGACCACGAUCUCUCCUCGGAUGACGAAAGUGAGAAGAGCAACAUCAGUCUUAAAAGCAAUUGUCAAUUGAGAAAUACGUUGCAUAAGGCGCGUACACUUUGCGACAAGUGGCGGUUUCAGAAUAUACCUGCGAACAAUAUGGAUGUGAUGGAGUCACCCGGAAAUCAAGGACGUCUCUCGAGGUGGUUCAGCAUACGCAGAGGAUCGACGCAUCAUUACGAUGUUGACACUUCGGACACGGUGUCCUUAACGAGUCCCGUCAAAACGUCGCAAAUGCCACAGCUAUGCGAGGUUGAUGAGGAGAACAGUGCAAUGGUACAAUUUCAAUGUAUGCAACAGCGAAGACAAGCUCCACCUACGCUACCGUCGCCACCGCUAAACUUGACUCCGCAGCAAUUGAAACGUAGACACAUCGUGGCCGCGAUAGUACAUUCUGAAAACAAUUACGUGUCGACUUUGCAGAGACUAGUAAAUGAUUACAAGAAACCGUUGGAAGAAUCCUCACCGCCUAUUCUGAGUCAAUCCAAAAUAGCAACGUUGUUUCACAGACUACCCGAAAUUUUACAAUGUCACACGUUGUUCAGAAUCGCUCUCGCGGAAUGCGUGCGAUCCUGGGACAAAGAUGAGAAGUUGGGAGACGUAUUUGUGGCGAGUUUCAGUAAAGCUAUCGUUCUUGACAUUUAUAGCGGUUUUAUAAACAAUUUUUCUGUAGCGAUGGAUUUAGCUAAACAAGAAUCGAAGAGGAAGACCGCACUAGCUGACUUCUUCAAGGUGAAGCAAAUAAGUGCUCACGAUAGAUUAUCGUUUUUCGGAUUAAUGGUCAAACCAGUGCAAAGGUUUCCACAAUUUAUUUUAUUUUUACAAGAUUUACUAAAACAUACACCCCAAGGACAUCACGACAGAAUGUCUUUGCAGUUAGCAUUAACGCAACUCGAGAGUUUAGCUGAAAUGUUGAAUGAGAGAAAACGAGAGACAGAACAAUUUCAAGCAUUCAAAGAAAUGCUGCGACAUGUUUCCGGAAAGUUAUCGCAUCGACCGCUCUCUUCAGCGUCACGUUAUCUUAUUAGAGAAGAUAACGUCACGCAGCUGGAAUUCAAUCAAAACGGCAUGAUAACAAAAUCCAAAAGGAGAAGAUUGUUGUUAUUAAACGAUUUAGUAGUGUGCGUUUCCGUUACUCCGAGAUCCACGGAAGAUUUUUCAGGAAACGAACGACUAACAUUAAAAUGGACAUAUCCAGUAUCGGACAUUGAAAUUCAAGACACCAGCACUUCUCCAACUUUAAGUCGUUUACUCACUGCUGGUUUGAACAAAGGCGGUAGUUUAAAGUCCGACAAGAGCGGAGAAUGUGGACAGGCGACUGAUGCGGACAAUCUCUGUGUGGAAAUGAGUGAUCUUAUGCACGAUUACGAAGUGAUGUCUAGGAUAAGUGACUUGGUGGCUCAGUUGAAAGGCAGAUACGAGGGAAUGACACUGCAGACCACUAAGCAGAUUCUGCAGUCGAUACAAAUGUCGAUACAGCAAAAAGACGAAGACAUGAUAUGGGUUGAUAGUUGCUGCCUUCAACUAGUCACAAAACAGGGUCAAAUGUAUACGUUUCAAACGGAAAAUCCAUUAGUGAAGAAGGAUUGGAUAACCGAGCUUAGAUUGGCACAAUUGGCUCUGGAUCCCAAUAAUUCUCCGUCUUGGGAAGUACCUGAACAAGAGCAGAGACCGUCCACGAAAAUGCCGCUCUUCGUCAGUUCACAGGCUGUAUAUCACUCGCAACAUCAAACCGAAGUACGUUGCGGCUGUUAUUAUUCCAUCGAAAAUUCACGUUCUACACGGCGACGCGGUAGGAGUCACAAUUACUUGUGGAUAUGCACGGGAGACGGCGUGUCCAGCCACGUGACAGUAUACGGCCAAUCGACGACAGCUUCGGCGACCUGUUUGAAACGUAUAACCACUUUUGAUCUAGUGGAAACGAAAGUGAGCGCGAUCGAAUUUGUUAAAGGGAUCUCGAGCGAUCUCGCCACGCUCGCCAGCGAUAUCGUGUGGAUGGGCACGGAUUCACGGAAGAUCAUUAUUUACGCCGCGACGGAACCGGAGAAGGAAGAAGAGAUCGGCAGUUAUUCAGUUCCCGGACCUGUAAUAGAGAUCAAGUAUCAUUAUGACAAUGUUUUCGUAGCUCUGGGUACAGGUGUGUUGCUCUUGUUCAGGCGACAGAUCGACGGCACGUGGGGUUUCAAAGAUCCCUCUGCCAUAUCGCUCGGUAACGAUCCCGUUUCAUGCUUAAUGCCGAUCAAUACCUCGGUUUAUGCCGCUUGCGGCAAGAAGGUGUGGGUACUUAACGCAACGUCGGGCGAGAUCACCAAGAGUUUCAGCGCGCAACACGAACACGUCGGGAACGUAAAGCUCAUGACUCAUUCCGGAGUCGGUCUUUGGGUCGCUCUUAAGAACUCGAGCACGGUGUGUCUGUAUCAUACGGAAACGUUCAAACACUUACAAGACAUCAAUAUAGCAUCAAACGUGUUGCGCGUAACAAAGAUGAAUAAUUCGCCCAAUUCCGGAAGCUGCCUUGCCGUUAAUAAUCAAACGACAGUCACGGUCACGGCACUUUUGGCGUGCAAAGGUCUUCUGUGGGUCGGGACUAACGUAGGAAUUAGUUUGACGAUUCCACUUCCACGACUGGAAGGAGUUCCCAUCAUUAGCGGCCGCGUUAACAUCUCGUAUCACGCGCACUUUGGUCCGAUCACUUUUUUACUGGCAAUACAGAAUACGAAGAACACGGUGUACUCCACGAAGGAUCGCGUCAACGACGACGACAGUGUACAGCUGAGAACAAAGGACGUCGAACAGAGAUCGCGAGAUCGUGCGAGCUUAGAUUCUUCCGUGUCGAGCAAUAUUGUAAAAUUAAAGCAACAGCUGACGAGCAGUCCGGUGAUGUUGAGAAGAAAACGAAGCAAGGAAUAUGAGUGUAGAGGAUCGAAGACGCUUCCGAGAGGAUUGGGCACUGGCUGUGGAUUCUUGUCGAGCUCUAUGUCGAGCUCGCAGAGUUCCGGCGAAAACUGCGACGUUUACGGACUCUACGGCGAGUUGAUGUACGUGAAGGAUUACGAGAACGAGAACAAUUCGGGUAUAGAUCCUAUUUACGAGACAUUACGAAGAAGCGAUCCGGAACUGGCGGCUAUACCAAAUAAAGUGAGCACUCUGGAUCGCAGAUUGAAGAUGAAGAUUACGCGACCCCGCUCGCUGGAUCUCUCCAACUGGUCGGUGGACUCUCACGCCAGUUCUCUGUACACAUCCUCUGGCUCGGAAGAAAAUCUCUCUUUGAAAACAGGAAAAUUGUCGCGUAACAGCAGCAUAGCUAGUCGUAACGGUCCUUACGACCUCUCUGCGCAUAAUAAUAGUAACAAUAGUAGUGUAAUGCAAUCGACAUUGGAAGCGACCAAUCUCAAGACGAAUGGUAAGAAAAAUAACAAAGCGGUCCAGCAAACGGAUCAGCCCAAGAGAACGGUGUUAACUCUGAUGGGUGGACGCGGUUAUAUCAAUUGGAGACAACUUCAUGCACAAUCCGGUGCUGAUAAAAGUUCAAAGUCAACGUACGCCUUUAAAGAACCUAACAGUAAUGACGCACAUAUUGUCUUAUGGGAGAUGAAGUUAUGAUAUUUGAUCACGUUAGGUCUGUUGUUGUACAUGAACGUCAGUGCGAGAAGUAAAACUUCGAAGCUGAUGUCCGACUGUAUAUUAUUAUAGUGUCAGAAAAUAGGAUCAAGAAUAAUGUUGUGAAUGCUUUAUAUAUAAAAAAUUACUGGUAAUUGUGAAAAACUAUCUUCUAACUUCGGGACCCGAAAGAGACGGAGAGAUGACAGAUAGAUAUCUCGUUGAGAUAACUAUCGUUGUGAGAUACGAACGAGUAUCUCUUUUCUGUUAGAUAUGCGGUAUAUAUUAACCAUUGAUUGUCUUCGAAACAAUAAGAAUGCGGUGCUAGAAUGAAAAUUCGAUUACAUACAAGUAUAUGUAUUAGGAUUUAAAUAUCUUUAACCCCCUCACAAUUACCAGAUCGUUUAACUUUAUACACAUUUUUUUCUUAUUUUUAAAUGAACAAUUUUUUCUCUUUGUCAAAAGAUGCAGACUGAAGUACAUGCGAAUUGUUGAAGCGCACGAGAUUAAUAUGUACCAAAAUACUGGGUAAACAGUUGCGUAUCAGAAGUGAAUGCUUCUCUAUUGUAUAUGGAAACAUAUAGCAGUUGAUUGACAUUUUGACGCAAUGUACGUAUGUGUACAACGGAUUCUCGUUACGAUGUAUCGUUUUCUGUAAGAUACGUGUCUGUGUCGAGAAGAUAUUGUUCGAAUCUCAAAAAUGUUGAAUUUAAAUCUCCUUUCGAUUUGAAUCUCUCAAUAUAUUACAAAAACAUGUGAUAAGUCGUGAAAAACAUCCUAUGAAAGCGCACGCACAAAAAAGAAAAA